AAAAAACCACAGAGAUGCAGCUGGCUAUACGAAUUGCAACAAUAAUAAUAUUUGCCAGUGCUGGUCAGAUUUAUGUUAUAAAUGGAAUAAUUUCAAGUGAACUCUUCCCAACACCUAUACGUAGCAUUUGUUAUUCGUUCUUGCAGGUGGUAAGUCGGAUUGGCGUGGUCAUCUCUCCGCAAAUUUUUUUUCUUAGGGAUUACUGGAACUUAACACCAUAUAUACUGAUGCUGGUAUUUGAAUUCCUAGAUCUAAUUUGUUUCCAAACAUUCAUCCCGGAAACGAAAGGUUAUGCACUUAAAGACAGUAUGCCUACUUCGAAUAAACGAAAAUUCAGCUUGAAAAAGGAGCUUUUGCCACUUUCACGCAAAAAAGAAAAGAAUGUGGAAGGAUAA